AUGGAGGACCACCAGGCCCACCACCAGGACCACCACCAUUUGGAGGUCCUGGAGGGCCAGGAGGAUUUGGCGGACAAGGAGGACCUCCAGGCGGCUUUGGAGGUCAGAGCGGAGGUGGAUUUGGAGGACAAGGAGGCUUUGGUGGCCAAGGAGGCCAGGGAGGUUUCGGCGGUCAAAGUGGUGGCGGCUUUGGAGGCCAAGGAAAUCAAGGAGGCCAAGGAGGAUUCGGCGGUCAAAACGGUGGCGGCUUUGGAGGCCAAGGAAAUCAAGGAGGCCAGGGAGGAUUCGGCGGUCAAAAUGGCGGCGGCUUCGGAGGCCAAGGCGGGUUUGGCGGCCAAGGAAAUCAAGGAGGCCAGGGAGGGUUCGGCGGUCAAAAUGGCGGCGGCUUUGGAGGCCAAGGCGGAUUUGGCGGCCAAGGAAACCAAGGAAGCCAAGGAGGGUAUGGUGGACAAAACGGUGGAAGCUCUGGAGGUCAAGGAGGUUAUGGUCGUUUCCGUCGGAGCCCUCAAGGAGGUCAAGACAGUGGUUCGAGCUCUAGCGGCGGCCAAGGAGGCCCAGGCGGAAGCCAAGGUGGUCCAGGCGGACAAAAUGGCGGAGGACCAGGCGGCCGUGGUGGACAGAGUGGAGGCCAAGGUGGACGCGGAGGUCAAGGUGGCCAAGGAGGACAAGGAGGCCGUGGCGGGCAAAGUGGUGGUCCGGGAGGACGCGGUCAGAAUAAUCAGAACGGUGGUCGAGGACAGAACGGCGGCCAAGGAGGACAAGGAGGUCGCGGUGGAGGUCAGGGAGGUCGCGGUGGAGGCCAAGGAGGACAAGGAGGUCGCGGAGGAGGCCAAGGUGGACAAGGAAGCCAAGGAGGAAGAGGACAAAACUAAGCCACAAUGUCUUCAAAGCCAUAACCCAUUUACCCCAUUGCAUUUGUUUAUGAUGUUAUAA